AUGCCACCGGCCGGAGACCAUCGAUUGCUACACUCUCGCAAACCAGGAUUUAAAGAAGUAAAUGAAGAAGAAAAAAGGCAAAUGGUUGGCAAUGUCUUCACCAAGGUGAUGUUUGUGAUAUUAAUCCAAAUAUGUUGGAUGUUAGUAAAAAAAAACGAGCCCAACAAAGAGAUAAGGUACUCAAGAAAGGAGGGAGAUUCCUUUGUCUUGAACUCAGCUCUGUUGAAGCUCCAGUCUUCAUGCAACUUUAUUCCAGUUUUAGGAGAGCUAGUUGCUAAAGAUCGUGACUCGUAUCAGUAUUUGGUUGAAAGUGUUAGACGUUUCCCUCCUAAGAAACUCUACGUGAUAGAAAGUGGGUGA